GGGGAUGAGGGCAUGGAGAUCAAGAGACAAAUCACAGGCAUGAUGAGGCUUCUGAGUGAUAAGACCAGCAGGGUAUAUCAGCGUGUGGGAACAGAGCAAGACACCUUAACAAAGGAGCCCCAGGAGAGGCACCUGGCAUGGGUACAUCAGCCUGUACCUUUGUCUCUUGUAUCAGAGGACCACCAGAGCAACAGCUGGAACUCUGCAGGGGACCCAGGGCCUUCUCCUUCAUCCGUAUCCACCCCCAUCCCCAACGGUCCAGGCUGUGGCCAGUACAGCACCCGCUCCAAAGCCCUGAGGAUCCUCAACAGCACAAAGCAUUUAAUCAAAGUGAAUGAAGCUAACGGUACAAUAUACGUAGUUGAGAAAACCAUCACUAACCAAUGCACCACUGACUUUCCAGCAGAUGUAGUACCCCCUGCUGUGCCAGAAGCCCCCUGCUGUAUGUGUAACUGUAAGGGCACCUUGCAGGCUAUUUUGCAGGAGCUACGUGCCAUGAGGAGAAUGAUGCAGACUCAAAAAGGUCAGCAGGAGCAGACAGCCUCACCAUGCCAAACUCGCCUCGGUCCAGGACCUGCUCCUCGUCGCAGGCCCCGCAAAAGGAGGCCAAUCUAUAAAGUGGCACCACUGACUGUGUCUAGCACUAGAAGGGCUGCUCUUACCCCUCUGGAGGCAUCACCACCUAUAGUGGCACUUGCGGAAUCUGGAAAGAGGGAGUCUGAGGUGCGUCUCGCUGAGGAUUAUGACGUAUUUAUCUCAAGGGCUCAGUUAGACUCCAUUCUCGUCAACUAUACACGCUCUGGGAGCCUGCUGUUCCGGAAACUGGUGUGUGCCUUCUUUGAUGAUGCUACCCUGGCCAACUCCUUACCAAAUGGUAAAAGAAAGAGAGGACUCAAUGAUAACAGGAAGGGCUUGGAUCAGAAUAUUGUGGGUGCUAUUAAAGUGUUUACAGAGAAAUACUGCACUGAACACAGAAUAGAGAAGUUGCCUGGGCCACGAGACUGGGUGCAGAUCCUUCAAGAUCAGAUCAAACUUGCCAGGAGGAGGCUGAAAAGAGAUGCUGCAGAAGCAGAAGAAGCCUUAAAUGGACCUUCUACAAGCUGCGACUAUAAGAAGCCUGCAAGUGUGGAAGGGACAGUGAUGAACAUGACUGGUUGAUUGAAGGACCUGCCACCAUGGC